AUGGAGUUUGAUGAUGACCCCUAUGAAAGAGAAAAUGAUGAGCAGACAAGUGUGAAGAGGAAGAGGCCCAAUGAUGAUGAGUUAAAGCCAAAUGAAGUUAUCAUUGAAACUUCAAAGGUGAAAGAAUCCCAAAUUAUCUCUAUGACACCAAUUAUAAUUCCUCCUCCUUUUCCUCAAUGGCUUAAGAUAAAAAGGGAAAAUGCUAAUUUAAAAAUAUUUCUUGAUAAAUUUAACAACCUCUCCAUCAAUAUUCCUUUGAUAGAAGCCUUGCAAGAAAUGCCAAGAUUUGCUAAGUUUAUGAAGGAAUUAGUCUCCAAAAAGCAUCUUGUGGAGGGUGAGACAAUAGAAGUGACUCAUCAUUAUAGUGUAAUUAUAUCAAGAACGAUGGCGAAAAAGAAGAAAGACCCCAGAGCUUUCACAAUCCCAUGCACCAUUAGAAUGUUCAAGUUUCCAAAGGCCUUGUGUGACCUUGGGGAAAGUGUAAAUUUAAUACCAUACGCCAUAUUUCACAAGCUAGGAUUGGGAAAGCCGUAA